UCUUCAGCAAUAUAAACGGAAGGUUCAAAUGGAUUCAGUAGGAAAGAGAGAGAGAAGGAGAGGACGCAGCUGAAAAAGGAGAGAGAGAAAUCAGCUAACACACACGGACCCACACAGGAGCCACAGGAUGACAGAUCGCAGCGACGUGUUCAGCGGGGUGGACCUGCAGUGCAGGGUGAACAACCGAGCCCACCGCACAGAGGAGAUGGAUGCGGAGCGCCUGCUGGUCCGCAGGGGACAGCCCUUCUCCCUGGUUCUGCAGUGCACCGGGGCCCCGCCCCAGCCUCCCAGACACCGGCUCGCCCUCGUCCUGCACCUCGGUAAGCAGAGUGAGGUCGUGGUGAAGGUGUCAGACUCGCGUGUUUGGGGGCGGGGCCAGUGGUGGUUCAGCCAGCAGAGGGCACAGAGUGAGCUGCUCCUGACGGUGCACAGCCCAGCGGACGCACCUGUGGGGCUGUACAGCAUGACGGUGGUGCUGCUGUCCCCAGAUGGGCAACUCCAGCAGAAGACCCCUGUUGGGCACUUCUACCUGCUCUUUAACCCCUGGUGUAAAGGUGAUCCAGUGCACCUCCCUGAUGAGGAGCAGCUUCAGGAGUACAUUCUCAAUGAAAACGGGGUUCUGUAUCAAGGCUCCUGGGACCAUAUCCGCACACUACCCUGGAACUUUGGGCAGUUUGAAAAGGGCGUGGUGGAUAUCUGUUUUGAGAUCCUGGACAACUCCCCUGCAGCGCUGAAGAACCCGGAGAUGGACAUGGCCAAUCGCGGCGAUCCGGUUUACGUGAGCAGGACCGUGACAGCAAUGGUGAAUGCUAAUGAUGAUCGGGGUGUGGUCUCGGGUCGUUGGGACGGGGAGUAUUCGGACGGGGUGGCGCCCACGCGGUGGACGGGCAGUGUGCCCAUCCUGCGACGCUGGAGCGAGGACGGGGCCCAGAGGGUGCGCUACGGCCAGUGCUGGGUGUUCUCCGGGGUGGCGUGCACAGUCCUCCGCUGUCUGGGCAUCCCCACCCGCUGUGUCACCAACUACUCCUCAGCCCACGACACGGACGGAAACCUCGCCAUCGACUACUGGUACAAUGAGCAACUGGAGAGUGUGUCAAUGGGCAGGAAGGACAUGAUAUGGAACUACCACUCCUGGGUGGAGUCAUGGAUGGGUCGCGAGGACUUGCCCAAGGGUUAUGAUGGGUGGCAGGUACUGGACCCCACGCCUCAGGAGAGAAGUGAUGAGGUGUACUGCUGCGGGCCCUGCCCGGUGCGGGCGAUAAAGGAGGGGGAGGUGGGGGUGAAGUACGACGCCACGUUCGUGUUCUCAGAGGUGAACGCAGACCUGGCCACUUGGAUUGUGCACCCAGACGGCCAGCGCUCCCAAGUCUCUGUCAACCAGAGGACCAUCGGCCGCAACAUCAGCACCAAGAGCAUAUAUGGAGACUGGAGAGAGGACAUCACUGAUCUCUACAAAUACCCAGAGGGUUCGACGAAAGAGCGGGAGGUGUACGAGAAGGCGGGGCGGAGGGUGGCACAGCUGGACGGGGAGGAGCAGCAGCAGCUGGAGCUGUCCAUCAGGCACGCCCAGGCGGUCCACGGCACGGACUUCGACGUGAUCGUGGAGGUGCGGAACACGGGCGAGGUGGACACGCCCGCCCGGCUCACCAUCAGCUCCAACGCCGUCACCUACAACAGCCUCCACCUGGGCGAGUGCCAGAAGAAGAGCGCCAGCCUCACGGUGCCAGCGCAGAAGGUCCUCAAGGAGGUGCUAAGGCUGCGGUAUGACCACUACGGCUCAUGUGUGUCUGAGCAUCACGUGAUCAGGGUUACUGCCCUGCUGCUGGCAAACAACCACCAUGACAUCAUCCUGCAAGAGGUCAACAUUCCUCUGAGCAUGCCCCAGCUUGUGGUGAAGGUCCUGGGAGAGGCGGUUGUGUCUCGCAAGGUGACCGCCCAUAUUACAUUCACCAAUCCGCUGCCUGUCUCCCUCCGAGGGGGCGUGUUCACUGUGGAAGGGGCCGGACUCACCAGAGCAAAGGAAAUCCCAGCGCCAGGGGACAUUUCACCAGGUCAGGAGGUCAUGGUCAAGAUCUCCUUCAGGCCCACUCGUCCAGGCCUCCGGAAGCUUCUGGUGGACUUUGAUGCAGACCGGCUGAGGGACGUCAAGGGCAUAGCCACUGUGAUUGUCCGCAAAAAGUGAAAGGAGAAAGACCUGAAGCCACAAGGAGCCCAGACUGAGAAAAUGUGUUCAAUACAAACUGUAUAUUUGUGUUCAAUACAAACUGUAUAUUUGUAUAUCUAUAAAACUUUCCGUUGUGUACUGUAUAUCACAACCGGACUUGAGAAAUGCACUCAGUUGCUGCCAUGGAGAUUAUCCAGUUCUUAUAAAUGUGGUGUAAAAGAUCCAGAUUUGUCCAAGCCUAGCUAGAACCCAGAUUUCGCAUUGAAUUAGUCAAAGAUUUGUCACUGUAAUAGUCUGUGAAUUCGAACCACUGUUUUUUCCUAAUUCUUUUAUUAUAUUAAUAAAAAUGUAUUGCAUGAUGUACUGGAGUUUUUGAGCCUGAGAAUGCUUACGCCCAUAUGACUAACUUGCACUUUAGAUGAUUUCCUUCACCUUCUUUAAAACUACAGUAAGUAUUAAAUUCCUAUUGCACAUUCAUUGCUGUUAAGUGAAAUGGUGAAAAUGUAACGGUUAUUUCCAGACAGUGUUUCAUCAUCCCAUGUAACAUUCUUUUAUCAUCUUGUUAACGCUAAAUCUGUUGACAUGCUGCAUUUUGCAUACUGUUUUUGUAAAUAGAGUCUGCAUUUAAAAAGCUGCAUUCAGUUCCUCGCGACUACAUACAAAUGGCAAUUAAAAGUACAACGUCCAUGUAUUAUUUAUUAACAAAAGCAUAUUAAACAUCAAAUGUGAAGCAUUGAAUUUAUAUAAAAACGCGCAAGCAAGCGAGUCCAAAACAAGCCUGUCAGUUCUCAGGUGGUGGUGCCUUUCUACGCACGGACUUGAUCAAGGCUUGCUGGACAACUGGAUACAGCUUGUGGCAUCCCUCGAUGCAGACGCGCACGGCUUCAACCAGCGUGUCCUCUCUCAUCUCCCCGUCUGACUGCAAGCCUGACACCUGGUUCAGAGUGGGCAACAGCGCCACCGUAACGCUGCCCUGGUUUUCCCCGUUGCUGGUGACCCAGCUGCCGCUCUCCUCUGGAAAAGUAGGGUCGAUAAGAUAGGUGUCUCCGUCCUGUCGGAGCGAGCAACCUAGUACCAGGUCGUACAUCUCGAUACCGGCGUCAGCGAGCGCCAUGGAAGCACAGGUAACCGCGUGGGCAAGAACUGAGCCGUCGUUUUCCAGGAUCAUCACGUUGACUUCUAUCUGCGAGCGCGGAUACUUGUGCAGGCACACCCCUGGCCGCAGGCCCUCCAGCAAGGCAUGGGACAGGUCCUUCUCCUCACUGCCCUGGAUCCACGCGCCCCUCUUCUGGCAGGAGAACGGGGCUAAUCUAAAGUCACAUAACAGCCGCCCUGAAUUCAUAUCCGUCUCGUCCUUUCUCUCGGUUUCCCGAGGGCCGUACACUGAACAGAUCAGUUUCGUGUUCCCCGCUUCUAUGUACGCAGACCCCUUGGCUUGGCUGACCAGACCGCAUCGUGCGAAUACCGGCCGCACGUCUGUCUGCCCUCGCUGUCGGCCAUCCCCUCGACUUUCCUUCGAGAAUACUUUCUUAGCGCUUUCAGGGAUAAAAAGCAAAGGAGACUGUGAUUCUUCCGGACCCCGCACUCUUUUUGUAUCGACCGGCAUGAUAAACUAAAGCAAGUAAAGCAUGCAACAAGCGACAUACAAAGAUGGAGUGCGAUACGUUACGUCAGCGCAGUAUUGGGCUGAUGGGAGGUGAAGUCCACAGAAAGCAGCUAUGUAAAACGUAUUGUACAAUUGGGACUUCAACUCCCGAAAGCCUCUAUGUGAAACUUUUUUUUUGAGUUUAUAAGAAUAUCUGGAAGAACGGUGCAUUACCACCAUCCAGUGUUGGUUCUACCCUCAGUUGAUACUUUUUCAAAACAGUGGUUAGAGAGCUAAACCGGUUUGUUUUUGUUCGGAUUCUGUUGAAAAUAUGUAACUAGAGUCUAGCAGAUUACUUAUACACACACCAACUUCCCGUUUGUCCUUCUGUGUAGGUGAUGUGUGUGUGUGUGUGUGCGUGAGAGAGAGAGAAAAAUGUUUAGUUACUUCAUUUUUGUAUUAUUAUUGCACAAUCCAGAUUACAUUUAAUCUAUCACUACCCAACACUGUAUAUCGGUAAUUCUGGGGCAAAACGGAGCCUUUUUAACAUUGACCUCUUGGAUCUUUCUGAUAUUUGACACCCAUAAUGUAACCUUGGAACAAUUACCAUUGGCAACUUUUGAGAAACACAUAAUCAUUAAUACAGUUGGGAUGAAGUGCCCAUUUUCUCUCUACAGUUUGACAAUCGUGAAUGGUAAAACAAUAUCUUGGUCUCAUUGUAAUCACAAAGACUUGUUAUACAACAUUCUUUGCAUUAAUCUGUUCCCGGAACUACUCCUCCACAUUAUUUAAUUAGCUCAAUCAUAUUUUAUCUUAUAGUUGCAUAAGCACAACAUACUGCAAGUGUAUUUUAAAUAUUUUACUGUGCUCAAGUACAGGAGUGAACCAGUGUAUAGAGCUAUCAGAAAAGUAAAUUUAAGAUAACUGAUUGGAACAAAAAUCAGGACUGUAGUUGUGCAUCAUUACUGUAACCAGUCAACCUCCCCUUGUAACAGUACUAUACAACAAAACGUAGAAGACAUCCCACUCUGUGAAUUGGCAUGUGUAUACUCUGGACUGUGUAGAA